ACUUUUCCUAAAUCUGACUAGGUAAAGUCAGGUUAGAAGGCUUUUUUUCUCAACAGAGAAAGUAGUCCUUCCUUUUGAUUUCACGCGUAAUUUUGGCACCGAUCAGUUUUUCGUAUGAAUCUCCUCGACCCCUACUUAAAGAUGACGGAGGAACAAGACAAGUGUCUCUCUGAUGCCCCGAGCCCGAGCAUGUCCGAGGACUCCGCGGGCUCCCCGUGCCCCUCCGGUUCCAGUUCCGACACGGAGAACACCCGGCCGUCGGAGAACGGGCUGCUCCGGGCGGACGGGAGCCUGGGCGACUUCAAAAAGGACGAGGACGACAAGUUCCCCGCCUGCAUCCGCGAGGCCGUGUCCCAGGUGCUCAAGGGCUACGACUGGACCCUCGUGCCGAUGCCCGUGCGCGUAAACGGAUCUACCAAGAACAAGCCUCACGUGAAGAGACCGAUGAACGCCUUCAUGGUGUGGGCGCAGGCUGCUCGCAGGAAGCUCGCGGAUCAGUACCCGCACCUCCAUAAUGCGGAGCUCAGCAAAACUCUGGGGAAACUCUGGAGACUUCUGAAUGAAGGGGAGAAGCGGCCGUUCGUGGAGGAGGCCGAGAGACUGCGGGUGCAGCACAAGAAGGAUCACCCGGACUAUAAGUACCAGCCCCGGCGGAGGAAGUCGGUGAAGAACGGCCAGGGCGAGUCGGAGGACGGCAGCGAGCAGACCCACAUCUCCACCAACGCCAUCUUCAAAGCUCUCCAGCAGGCGGACUCCCCAGCAUCCAGCCUGGGAGAGGUGCACUCCCCCAGUGAGCACUCAGGCUCCCAGGGGCCCCCGACCCCUCCCACCACCCCGAAGACCGACGUGAGCUCGGCCAAGAUGGACCUGAAGCGCGAGGUGGGCCUCCGCUCUCUGCCCGAGGGCCCCGCCGGACGCCAGCUCAACAUCGACUUCCGCGACGUGGACAUCGGCGAGCUGAGCAGCGACGUCAUCUCGCACAUCGAGACCUUCGACGUCAACGAGUUCGACCAGUACCUGCCGCCCAACGGUCACCCGGGCAACGGCGCCGCCGCCCCCCCUCCGGUCGGCUACACGGGCAGUUACAGCCCCCAGCCGGGCAGCGGCCCCUCCUGGCUGGCCAAGACCCAGACCCAGAAUCAACCUGGACAGGGACAGCAGCAGCACACGCUGACCGCCCUGGGGGGGUCCGAGGCGUCCCGGACCCAGAUCAAGACGGAGCAGCUGAGCCCCAGCCACUACGGCGAGCAGCAGGGCUCCCCCCAGCACGCCGCCUACGCCCCCUUCAGCCUGCAGCACUACAGCCCCCCCCCGCCCCCCCCUCCUUCCUCCUCCUACCCGGCCAUCUCCAGGGCGCAGCAGCAGUACGACUACCCCGACCACCAGGGGGGAGGCCCCUACUACAGCCACGCGGGGGCGGGGCAGGGGGCGGGGCAAGGGGCGGGGCUGUACUCGACUUUCGGCUACACCCAGAGGCCCAUGUACACGCCCAUAGCCGACAACGCGGGGGUCCCCUCCGUCCCCCAGAGCGGCCCGCAGCACUGGGACCAGGCCCCGGUUUACACGCAGCUCACCAGGCCCUGA